AUGUUCCAACCCCGCGCUGCCGAAAAUGCAGACAUCGGUUGCUCCUCGAUGACGACGAUGCUAGAGCUCCAGUCCACUUCAAGAGCUGCACAGAGCGCCAGGUCGAUCGAAUCAGCACAUCAAAGCUCAUUAAACGACUCUGCUCUACCAGCAGAAGAACUUCCUCCUCCCUUGACAGCGACCAGUAUCCCUCACUCGUGGAACUUUCCCAGAAUCAAUAUAUGGCGGCUCUUCGCAGCGAAUUUCAGUUUUAUUAUCCUUGGCCUCAAUGACGCUGCCUAUGGUGCUUUGAUCCCUUAUCUUGAGACUUAUUACAAUGUCUCCUACACUGUCAUUUCCCUUAUUUUUCUGUCGCCCCUCGUUGGUUAUGUGACCUCCGCUUUGAUAAAUAAUAGGAUUCACAUGCAUUUUGGCCAGCGAGGGGUUGCCAUCCUCAGUCCUGGAGCACAUCUGACUGCAUAUAUCAUUAUUUGCUUGCACCCUCCAUUUCCAGUUCUCGUCAUUGCUUUUAUACUGGCCGGUUUUGGAAACGGUCUUGCGGACGCUGCUUGGAAUGCCUGGGUUGGCGGGAUGGGAAAUGCAAAUGAACUAUUGGGCAUUCUGCACGCGUUUUAUGGACUGGGAGCUACACUCGCGCCAACUGUUGCAACCAGCCUUAUCGCAAAGGCGAACUGGAAAUGGUUUGAAUUCUACUAUUUGGUCGUGGGUGCUGCGUUUCUGGAGAUGAUUUUCCUGUCAGCAGCGUUCUGGACUGCAACAGCGGCCAGGUAUCGUGCUGAGCAUCCGCCUGCAGCAACCACUGAAUUUGAUAUCGCGGCCCAUGCACCAAAGAAGCUGGAUCGAGUGCUAAGUAGGGUUAUCGGCAAUGGUCGAACUGCAGAAGCGCUGAAGAACAAAGUUACCUGGAUAUGCAGCAUCUUCAUUUCUAUUUACGCAGGCGCAGAAGUCGGUCUUGGUGGCUGGAUCGUAACUUUCAUGAUCAAUAUCCGACAUGGAAGUGCUUUCGCAUCCGGCAUGAGUGCCACUGGAUUCUGGCUUGGCCUCACGGUAGGUCGUGUCAUUCUUGGGUUCGUAACCCCGCGGCUCUUUAGGUCUGAGAAACAUGCCGUCAUCGUCUAUCUGCUGUUUACCAUUGCGUUGGAGUUACUCUUUUGGCUUGUCCCGCAAUUUUAUAUCUCAGCGGUAAUGGUCUCUCUGCUUGGCUUUUUCCUCGGGCCUUUGUUCCCAAUUGCCAUUGUCGCUGCAACGAAACUACUACCGAAGCACAUCCACGUAUCCGCGAUUGGAUUUGCGGCAGCAAUCGGGGCAUCAGGGUCUACCGCAUUUCCCUUUGCAGUUGGUGCAAUCGCUCAGGAGAGGGGCGUGCAGAUAUUGCAGCCAUUUAUUCUCGCGAUUUUAGUUGCAUGCAUGGGUGUCUGGUUGUUUUUGCCGAGUUUGUCGAAAAAGAAUCAAUAG